AAGAAAACUCCUUGAUUAGGAAGUAACCACAUAGUUUUCGAGGUUGUUGAGUUGAGUACACAUAACAUAAAUAUAAAUAGGUUAUAAUAAUACAAACAACUUUCGAUAAGGGUUACCAGAAGCCUGAAUGGGUUUCCGUUUACCACUUCAUCUUCUUCCUUGAAACCACGCAUCUCAUGGCAAUGGCACUCGACGCUGCAGUUUGGAUCGCAAAGAUGACAUGGAUUGCUCUCAGUGGCUGGAUUAGUUCUUGUUUAACUGUUGCUGAUGAAUUUGCCUCUUCUCUACGUUCUGGCGAUAUUGGCCCUUUUCAUGUGGGUUGACUCAAUCAUGUCUCUUUCUUGCGACGGGGUAAGUCUGGAGGAACAAUUUGGUUUGGCAGUUUUUUGCUCUAUAAGUAGAAAAUAUUAGGUUGGCUCAUUAUAUAUGGUCCAUUCUCUGUCUGUGGGGUUUAAUGUAAGAAGAGUUAUUAAUAGAAUGAGAACAUCUAAGAGUAAGUUGGCCCAUUUGUUGUUGUGAUGUUCUUUUCAUCUUGUCGUGAUGUUUGAGAUUUUGAAUAUUCAAAUUAUGAAAACAAUCUCUGAA